AUGAGUGACAAGUGGCGGGUGACAGAUGCAGGUGACAAGGUGCCGGCGAUGGUGCGGUGUCGCCGUGUGGGUGACGAGGUGUGUGACAGCCCCGUGCCAGCCCUGUCCCUGCUCCCGCAGCUCUCGACGUCCCAGCCGAGCACGGAGCGGGUGCCCAGCCCGGAGGAGCAGGAGUGGGCAGGGCCCGAGGCGCUGUGCCCAGGCUGGCUGGAGGACGAAGCCCCCGAUGGCGAAGUGCCCGGGGACAGUGGGGACCCCGACUGUGCCACCCACGCCUACGAGCGGCUCCAGAGCGCCCUGUGCCAGGAGGGGCUGCCCCCCACGCUGGACUGCUCCGCGGAGCCCCGCACGGGAUAUGGCCCGCUGGACAUGACCGUUUGCAUCCUGGGCUCCCCCACCCCCUUCCUGCCUGUCCUGCUGGAGGGUGGCACCCGCUGCCCAGGUGCUGUGGUGCUGUGUCUGUCCCCCACCUGGGCCAGCCGGGUGCCAUCGGAGACGUCCCCAGGCGCCUGGUCCCUGCUGCUCUCCCGGGGCGUCUCCUUCAAGGUGGGGGGGCACAGCGCCCUGGAGACCUUCGUGCCCCCGCGCCGCGCCAACUACGUGACGGGCACCUUCGCGCCGGGGGACCCCGAGGGCGGCUGGGUGGGCGAGCUGGCCCGUGACCUCGACUGCCCCACGGGGGGCUCGGUCCCGCUCGCCCACCGGCUCGAGGACACGCUGGUCACCCGCUGGGUGCUGGCGGCUCGCGCCAAGCUGCCCGUGCCCCCCACCCUGGCCUUUGUCCUGGGGGCCAGGGGGGACCUGCCCGCCGAGCCCGCGGCCCCCGGGGUGAGGCUGGUGCGGCUGGAGGACCCCCAGGGCCAGCAGAGCCUGGUGCAGGAGGAGGUGGGCGCCUUCCUGGGGGGCACCGCCAUGGAGCCCUACGGCCAGGUGGUGGUGCGGCCGGCGGGGUGGCGGUGGCGGGGGACAGGCGCCCGCAGCACCCACAGGAAGGAGGAGGGGGCGGCGGUGGCGCAGGCGGUGGGUGCCCGGCUCCGGGGGCUGACGGAGGAGGACAGCGUCCUGCUGGAGGCCAUGGUGCCCACCGCCCGCCUGCCCGUGCCCCCCCCACGCAGCCCAGCCCCGCGGCUGCCCAUGGCCCUGCGCAUCUGCACCCUCGUCUGCAGGUCCUGGGGGGACCGGCCCCAGCUCUGCCAGGUGGCCUGCGCCGUGGGACGCGCGGAGAGCCCGGUGCGUCACGGCGCGGCGCUGCCCCAGGGCCUGGACUCCAGCCUGCAGCAAUGGGGGGUGGCGGCCCCCAGCCAGCGGCAGGGGCUGGCCACACGGCUGCGGGAGGCCACCGAGGCCGCCGCGGCCGCCCUGCUGGCCAGCGAGGCCGAGCUGAGCCCGCGGCAGCGCGGCGGCAGCCGUGCCCGCACCGACAUCCUGGGCGUGGACUUCCUGCUGGCCUGCGUGGAUGACGCGCUGGAGCUGGUGGCCCUGGCCAGCAACGGGCAGCGGUGCCUGGAGACCUGCGUGCUGGCCGAGGCCAUGGGGCGCGGCGUGGGCGAGCCCCGCGGGGACCUGCCGCGGCUGCUGGCCGAGGCCAUGCUGCACCGGGCGCAGUGCCACCUGGUCGAGGGCAAGGACAUCCUGCUCAUCGGGGCCGGGGGCGUCAGCAAGAGCUUCGUGUGGGAGGCGGCUCGCCACUACGGGCUGAGGAUCCACCUGGUGGAGUCGGACCCGGAGCACUUCGCGGCGGAGCUGGUGCAGACCUUCCUGCCCUACGACAGCCGGGAGCACCGGCGGGACGAGGAGCACGCGGAGCGGGUGCUGGAGCUGCUGCGCUCCCGGGGGCUGCGGCCCCACGCCUGCCUCUCCUACUGGGACGACUGCGUGGUGCUGGCGGCCCUGGUGUGCCAGGGGCUGGGGCUCCGCGGCCCCGCGCCCGCCGCCGUGCGGGUGGCCAAGCAGAAGAGCCGCACGCACCGGCACCUGCAGCGCUGCCGCCGCGGCCGCCCGCCGCCCGCCGCCUUCUCCGUGCCCUGCCGCCGCCUGCGGAGCCACGGCGACGUGGAGCGGGCGGCGGGCGCCGUGCCCUUCCCCGCCGUGGCCAAGCUGGAGUUCGGCGCGGGCGGCGUGGGCGUGCGGCUGGUGGAGGACGCCGGGCAGUGCCACGCUCACGCCGCCCGGCUCUGGAGGGACCUGCGCGACGACGCGGACCACCCGGGCAUCGGGCUGGGCUGGGGCAACGCCAUGCUGCUCAUGGAGUACGUGCCGGGCACCGAGCACGACGUGGACCUGGUGGUCUUCGAGGGGCGGCUGCUGGGCGCGUGGGUGUCGGACAACGGCCCCACGCGUGUCCCCGCCUUCCUGGAGACGGCGGCCUGCCUGCCCUCCUGCCUGCCCGCCGACCGGCAGGCGCAGCUGGUGCGGGCGGCGCUGGAAUGCUGCCGGGCGUGCGGGCUGCGCGACGGCGUCUUCAACGUGGAGCUCAAGCUGGGGCCGGCGGGGCCGCGCCUGCUGGAGAUCAACCCCCGCAUGGGGGGCUUCUACCUGCGCGACUGGAUCCGCGAGGUCUACGGCCCCGACCUGCUGCUGGCCGCCGUGCUGGUGGCGCUGGGCGUGCCGCCCGUGCUGCCCGCCCGCCCCGCGGCCCGCACGCACCUGGCCGGGGUGAUGUGCCUGGGGUCGGAGCACGGCGAGACCCUGGCGGGCGGCGGGGGCAUGGAGGCUCUGCGGGAGCUGCACGGCCGCGGGCUCGUCCGCCUCAACCGGCUCUUCGAGGAGCCCGAGGGGGCCGGGGAGUACGAGGAGCCGCUGCUGAGCGUGGCGUGCGCCGGGGCCACGCUGGCCGAGGCCUGCGAGCGCCUGCUGGGGCUCUGCCAGGGGCUGGGCAUCGACUCCCCGCGAUAUCCCGUGGAGCAUUUCUUGUCCCACUUCAAAUAGCACCGGGCAGGCAGCGGGGAGAGCGGGGGAAUGGGUGUCCCGGCGCACCGGGCACCCGCUCCCGCCGCCCCGCCGCCCCUCC